CACGCAUCUGCUCUCCCAGAAAACAUCUAAGCCACGCACAGCUAGGUCAGCCGAUUCGGGAGCGAGAACAAAAUCACAAGGCGUCUCGGUCCAGUCCAUUUGGAGAUGAAGCAUUCGAGGGAUCAGGAGGAGGUGUCGCUGGCGCUCUCCCUGAGCACGGACUCGUCGGCGACGUCGGACUCCUCGGCAGCGUCGGCGGCGGCGAAGCGGGCGCGGCGGAGGGGCCCGGUGGUGGCGACGUCGGGGGAGGGGGACUUCGUCUGCAAGACCUGCGCCCGCGCCUUCACCUCCUUCCAGGCGCUCGGCGGGCACCGGACCAGCCACCUCCGCGGCCGCCACGGCCUCGAGCUCGGCGUCGGCGCUAAGGCGCUGAAGCAGCACAAGGCCGACAAGGGGGCGAGGCAGCGGCAGCACGAGUGCCCCGUCUGCGGGCUCGGGUUCGAGAUGGGGCAGGCGCUGGGCGGGCACAUGAGGAGGCACCGCGAGGAGAUGAGCGGCGCCGACGCCGCAGACGAGUGGGUCUGGCGCAGCGUCUCACGCCCGGAGGAGGUCGGACACGCCGCCGAGCCACCAGUCUUGCUCGAGCUGUUUGCUUAGGUCCGAUUAAUUGCUCUCAAUCUAGGCUAACGCAGCGUCAUUAAUCCAGGAGUAUUAGCUUGUAAAUGAUGGAGUAUUUUGUCUUUAGAUUUUAGGGAAAACAGGUGGCCUUUGUAAGUAUGCUAAGAUCUGGGUUUUGGUUGAGUAGUAGUUCGGUUAUGAUCAGUGUUGGAAUUUGGAUGUCACUGAUUUCAUAUGCUAUUGUAGGACAAUUGUUUCGUUCA